AUUAAAUGUCAGGACAUGGCCCAGGUGGGGUUAUUUCCCAUCUACUAUCAUGAAAAAACUGCGACUCCGCGUACUCGUACUGCGCGCGACCCGCAACCCCGUGCACGAGUUUGGGUUGCGACCGGAAGUGAUCCGAUUCCAGACCCGUUCCAGGAGGCCCGAAAGAAUCGGGGUAUUUCUAUGGAAGAGAUGUCAGGAGAAAGUGUGGUGAGCUCGGCUGUGCCGGCAGCUACAACACGGACCACCUCUUUUAAGGGGUCCAGUCCUAGCUCCAAGUAUGUCAAGCUGAAUGUUGGGGGAGCGCUAUACUACACCACCAUGCAGACCCUGACCAAGCAGGACACCAUGUUAAAGGCAAUGUUUAGCGGCCGUAUGGAGGUCCUCACUGAUAGCGAAGGUUGGAUUCUGAUUGACAGGUGUGGAAAGCACUUUGGGACCAUUCUGAACUACUUGAGGGACGGCGUCGUCCCGCUACCUGAGAGCCGGAGGGAGACAGAGGAGUUGUUGGCAGAGGCAAAAUAUUAUUUGGUGCAGGGGCUGGUCGACGAAUGUCAGGCAGCUUUACAGAACAAAGAUGCAUAUGCACCAUUUUGUAAAGUUCCAUUAGUGACAUCAUCCAAAGAGGAACAGAGACUGAUUGCCACCGCCAAUAAGCCUACAGUCAAACUGCUGUACAAUAGGAGUAACAAUAAAUAUUCUUAUACAAGCAACUCUGAUGACAACAUGUUGAAGAACAUUGAGCUGUUUGACAAGCUGUCCCUGAGGUUCAACGGUCGAGUGCUCUUCAUCAAGGACGUGAUUGGCGAUGAAAUCUGUUGCUGGUCCUUUUAUGGCCAGGGCAGAAAGAUCGCAGAGGUGUGCUGCACCUCAAUAGUCUACGCUACUGAGAAGAAGCAAACCAAGGUUGAGUUCCCAGAGGCUCGGAUUUAUGAAGAGACUCUCAACAUCCUGCUCUAUGAGUCUCAAGAUGGACGUGGGCCAGACAAUGCACUCCUGGAGGCCACUGGGGGCGCUGCAGGUCGAUCUCACCACAUCGAUGAGGACGAAGAAAGGGAGCGUAUCGAAAGAGUGCGAAGGAUUCACAUAAAGCGCCCUGAUGACCGCACUCACCACCACCAGUGACCCUAAAGUAUACCCUCUUUUCAGUGCCUUAAAAACCACCAGCGCUUCAUUACACCUCUGUAUUUGCACACUGACACGUCAGUUACGAGUUAGAUACUGCAACGACUCUGCUUUCAUAUAAAAGGUGAUACUCAAAGAUUAACUGGUAUUUAGUAUCUUCAUAGGUCACUUGGAAGUAUGAAUAUAGUGUAUAGGGCAUCCAUAUGUAUGGCAAUUGUCGGGCAUUGAUUUUUAACAUCAUUUGUUAACUUUUACAGACCUCAUUGAAAGAUAUGAUAGCGAUUUUAAUGUGAACUAAAGCAACCCUAUGAAUACUUUCACUGCAUUGACAUUCCCUUAACAUUUGCCCUAUUUGCCAUUUCUAAAGCAGUUUCCAAUGAAUAUAUCAAGUUGACUUUUACGUUUGUCAUUUACAUAUAGAUUUGCAACUAUUUUAUCAUAUCAUAGCUGCAGAACAAAGUGUCCCAUGUUUGUGUUAUGUUGUGAUUACCGUUUGAGUUUUGUAGCUUUUGAAUUCAUCCCUUUUUUAUUGCUGUUGUCGCUUUAAAUUGAAGUGUUGGAGCCAGAAAUUCGCAGUGCUGUUGUGUCUUACUGAGAUAUUCUGCUGCAAGCUACAGGACGUUUGGCGAUUUUGAACAAGUCAAAAUGUUCUGACGGUCCAUUAGUUCGGUGAAGGAGUAAGAGGUCAUUAUCUUUGCCUUAUGAGGUUAUUUUCAGAGGUCUUUUAAAGUAGAUGAUAUGAAUUGUGGCCAAUAGAGGGCAGUAUAGUGUUAUAGUGUCAAUGAGACACUUCAAGACUAGUCAAAACUAGUACUUUAUCAAAAUCAUACUUUUUCUAACUCUAUUAGUUAUAUCUAGUAAGAUCACACCGGGUUUUAGUAUUACAAAUCUUUUCGUACCGCAGUUUUAAAUUUUGUCAAACUAAUUAGGCCUCUGGGUUUGGUAAAGACAUUGAGAUGUAGUGAGAUGUAUUCAGAUGUAAGUGCGUAAUUGAGUAACAGACACCAUGUACGGUUAUGUACUUGCCAGAACUCUCUUCCGCUGCAGCGUGUAGCAUCACAGAUCAUUUGUGCUCUCUAGUUUUAUUAAAAGUGUAUUAAAAAACUGUAAUACUGUAGAGAAGUUUGUACAGACGUGAACAUAAAAAUGUUUUACAUACAAAUUAUUUAUACACGUUAUCACAAAUAAAGAUUUCUACAACCUUUGUAGACCAAAGUA